GUGUUGUUUCGACCCAUGUCCAAGUUCAAGGCUACUCACAUGAUGUACAGUAUUGUCGAAAAAGAUGACGGCACCUUUGAUCUUAUAGGAUCAGAUAACGUCGGUCGAGUGCAGUAUGGUUUUAGAUUCCAGAACCGUAGUCCUGAAAGAACCAACAUGACGCAACGGGAUGAGGUGCAAAAAUUCGAGCAGGGCCGUAUCAAGUUCCUGCAGGAGGAACGGCUUCACAUACAGAAGAAGACGUUCACGAAAUGGAUGAACUGUUUCCUGCAAAAGGCCCGCAUGGAGGUCAACGACCUCUUCGUAGAUCUAGCGGACGGAAGAAAACUGUUGAAGCUUCUGGAAAUCAUAUCGGGAGAAAAAUUGGGAAAGCCCAACAAUGGAAGGAUGCGAGUACACAAAAUCGAGAACGUCAACAAGAGUCUGGCGUUCUUGCACACAAAAGUUAGGUUAGAGAGCAUAGGAGCCGAGGACAUAGUUGACGGCAACCCUAGGUUGAUCUUAGGGUUGGUCUGGACCAUAAUUCUCAGGUUCCAGAUCCAGGAGAUAGAGAUAGAUGUCGACGAAGAUAACGAGAGCUCCGAAAAGAAAUCAGCCAAAGAUGCCCUCCUGUUGUGGGCCCAAAGAAAAACACACGGUUACCCCGGUGUCAACAUUAACGAUUUUUCUUCUUCUUGGAGGAGCGGUCUCGGUUUUAACGCCCUCAUACACAACCACAGGCCGGACCUGUUCGAUUACAACGAGCUGGUACAAAACAAGAAUAUAGACAACUUAAAUCAUGCCUUCGACGUGGCCAACAAUGAGCUUGGUAUACCUAGGUUGCUGGACGCUGAAGACAUAGACACGUCUAGACCAGAUGAGAAGAGUAUAAUGACAUAUGUAGCAUCGUACUACCACACAUUUGCCAGGAUGAAGAAUGAAGAGAAGAGCGGAAGAAGAAUUGCUAAGAUCAUAAACCAAAUGGUAGACUCCGACAAGAACAAAGUAAGAUACGAGAAGAUGACGACCGACCUACUGGAAUGGAUACACGAGAAAAUCACACAGCUGGAGAACAGGGAAUUUCCGAACUCACUGGAAGGCAUCCAGAUCUUACUGUUGGCCUUCGGAAAGUACAGGACACAAGAAAAACCCCCAAAGUACAAGGAGCGUAGCGAGAUCGAAGCUCUGUACUUCACUAUCAACAUGCAGCUGAAGGAACUGAGACAGCCCAGUUACAUCCCACCAGACGGCAAACUGGUACAAGACAUCGAGAGGACUUGGCAAACUUUAGAGACUUCCGAACACAAACGAGAGGUGGCGCUAAGGACAGAGCUACGGAGGCAGGAGAGGCUGGAACAACUCUGUUUCAAGUUCGAAAGGAAAGUCAUACUCAGGGAGGGAUACCUGAAGGAGAUGAUACAGGUGUUAUCCGAGCCAAGAUACGGCUCCAACUUGGGCCAAGUGGACGCCACGAACAAAAAGCACGAAGCUAUAAUAGCGGACAUCAUGUCCAGAGAAAGCAGGGUACACGAUCUUGCCCAAAUGUGCGACGAACUGAUCAAGGAGAACUACAGAGAUUCCGAAAAAGUCAAGGACAAACACCAGAAGAUAAAAGAACAGUGGGACACAUUGAUGGCACUUCUGGACAAACAUAAGAAGAACCUCAACAGGAUGGGGCAGAUCAUGUCCUUGCUCAGAGAAAUCGACACCACGAUGGUGGGGAUGCAGCAGCUGAAAUCCGACUUGAGCACGCUCGAUACGGGUGUCCACUUGAUAGCGGUGGAGGAGCUUCAACAAAGACACGCCCUCCAAGAGCUUCAACUUACAUCCUUCGGUGACAGUGUGAAAAAGCUGCAAAGGCUAGGCGAUCAAGUACAAGUGGAUAACGCAAAGGAAAAAGAAUUAGUUAAGAAUAAAUUAGAGAGGCUGCAAGCAGCUUACAAAGAAUUACAAGAGGUUAGUGCUCACCGUAAAGCAAUAUUGGAUGAGGCUAGGAACUUUUAUCAGUUCCUACAAGAUCAAGGGGAUGCUGAGGCGUGGUUGAUCGAGAAACAGCGAAUCUGCCAAGCUGGUAUAACAGCCAAAGACUUGAGAGGAGUCUUAGCCUUACAGCAGAAACAUAAAGUAUUGAUAGAUGAGAUCAAAGCAAGAAAAACCAAAAUCGAUCAAUUAGGUUCAACCGGAAAACAGCUCUUGGUACAAAACCAUCCAAGGUCUCCAGAGAUCCAACAGCACAUGGACAAGAUGAAACAAGAGUGGGCUGUACUGGAAGAAUUGGUAGAUAAACGUUCUAAACAGCUACAAGAUGCUGUUGAAACCUACCAGUUCUACGCAGAUGCCAAUGAAGCUGACUCUUGGUUGAAUGAAAAAACGUCUCUUGUUGCUUCCAGCGAUUACGGAUCCGAUGAACCUAGUGCACAAGCACUACUGUCCAGACAUAAGGACUUGGAAGGGGAGAUCAACGCUUACAGUGGAGACGUUCAAAGUCUCAAUACUCAAGCAGAAAGGUUAAUCGCUUCUGGUAUAUCACAUCUAGAUCUGACAUCAGAGAACCAACCAGAGGAACCAAUCGAGGAAACUGUAUACGAAACGAGGAUGGUUCCUAUGGAGGUGUACGAAGAUGAACCUGUAGAGAGGAUAGAGUACAAGACGGUGCUUGAGGAAAGAAAAGUACCUCAAGUACGCGCCUUGUAUCCCUUCAACGACCAUGGUCUCACCAUGGUCAAAGGUGAGGUUAUGUUCCUCCUGAACAAGAGCAAUCCAGACUGGUGGUGUGUGAGAAAAGCGGACGGCACCGACGGUUUUGCCCCCGCCAAUUAUGUCGCCGAGAUUGAGCCUAGGAUCAUUCAGAUACCGCUGAAGAAAGCAGAGACUGUAAAAACCAUACAGAGGGUCAAAAAGACCAAAAUGGUGAAUCAAAAAGUACCUGUCAAAGUAUUUAAGCAAAGGAAGCAGCCAAAAAGUAAAGUGGAUGAUAGUGUAAGUGUACCUAAGAGACAGAAAAAAAUAAAUGAUACUUACGACGACCUGAAGAAGAUGGCAGCUACAAGGCAUGCUCUUUUGGAAGAUUCUAUGCGAUUGUUCAAAUUCUACAAAGAAUGCGACGAUUUUGAGAGGUGGAUGAAGGAUAAAGAGAAGUUCCUUGGCGAAGAACCAGACGGUAAUGUGGAACAAGCCAAGAGGAAAUAUGAGAAAUUUGUGACCGACUUAUCGGCCAGCAGCAACCGUAUGGAUGAAUUGGGAGAAGCGGUUAAAGAAUUCGAGAGCAUGAACCAUUCCCAGAUCGACAAGGUCAAAGCUAGACAUCGUCAGAUACAGGGGGCAUGGAAAAGACUCAACCAGCUGAAGACCCAGAAGGAGAGAAGUUUGGCUGGCGCCAGCAGCGUAGAACUGUUCCAGAAGCUGUGCGAGGAGGCUAAAGACUGGAUGAUGGAGAAGAUGGAACAGCUCAAGAUAGACAUUUUGGGACACGACUUGAAGACUGUCCAAGCGUUGCAAAGGAAACAUGAUAACUUAGAGCGUGAGCUAAAUCCUUUGGAGGAAAAAGUCAGCAAGGUCAUCCUUUUGGCGAAUUCCGUAAAAACUGCUUAUCCAAACGAAAAAGGAAACGUUAUGGAGAAGCAGAAGGAGAUAGAGGAUCUGUGGCAGAAAGUCAAAGACAAGGCAUUGGAGCGAAGAGCUCGGUUGGAAGAUGCAGUCGGUUUGCAGAUCUUCGACAACAGCUGCAAGGAUCUCUUGAAUUGGGUGGCAGAUGUCAAGAAUGAAAUCAACGCGGAGAACACUGUUAGAGACGUACAAACUGCUGAAAACUUACUGAAACACCAUAAAGACUUGGAAAAGGAGAUUUUGUCCAAAAAUGAUGAAUUCAAACAGUUGGCCGACUUGGGAAGGAAGCUCUGCAAGUCCAACAACAACAAAGAAGACAUCCAGGGCAAAGUGCAGAGGCUCGAGGAAGAACAAGCUGCUUUGAUGCGAGGUUGGAAAGAAAAGUUGCACUGGAUCGAACAGUGUCUUCAAUUGCAGAACUUCAACAAGGAGGCUGAUAAUAUAGACGCUGCUACGUCUGCUCACUUCAAUUUCCUGGAAUAUCCAGACCACGGGAGCUCUUUGGACGAGGUUGAAGCUUUGCAAAAGCAACAUAGAGCUUUUACUAAUACUUUAUUCGCUCAAGACGAUCGUAUUAAUGCUUUUAACAAAAGAGCAGACCUCUUGAUCGCGGAUCAACAUUAUGAGAGCGCAGCGAUCGACGAAAAAAGAAACAACGUUUUGGAACGAAGGGCAGCUGUCAAAGAGCUUAGCCAACAGAAAUGGAAAAAAUUGGAGGCUUGUAAGAAUUACCGUGAGUUCUGCGCAGAAGUUGAAGACUUGAGGGCUUGGAUGGCUGAUAAGUCCAAAACUGCUUCAGAUGAGAGCUACAGAGACCUCGCAAACCUAGAACGUAAACUGCAAAAACACGAGGCCUUCGAGAGAGAACUGAGAGCCAACGAAGGCCAACUCAGAACAGUUAACAAUCUAGGACAAGCUCUGAUAUCCGAAAACAGCACCUGGAAAGACGAGGUUGCCAAAACUCUCAGCGAACUGAACAGCGAAUGGCAAGACCUGGUAGGGUUGUCCUUGAAAAAAGGGCGGUGCUUAAGGCAGGCCGUCAACCAGCACGCCUACAACUCCUCGGUCGACGACGUGAAGACCAAACUGGACGAGAUAGAGGAUCAUUUGAAUAGUCAGAACUUGGGAAAUGAUUUAAGAUCUUGCAAGGAUCUUUUGCGACGUCAUGAGGAUCUGGUCACCGAGUUGGGUCAAUGUGCUAACAGGGUCGACGAUCUUGUUAAACAGAGCGGUGAAAUGAACGAGGAUGGACACUUCGACUCUGCCGCUAUCGGAAACAAUGCUCUGGCGCUUCAGAAACGUCUGUAUGAUCUGGACCAACCUGCCAAGCAACGCAGGGCUAAGCUAGAGAAGUCCUUGCAGUACUACAAGUUUUGGUUCGACUUGGACACGCAGCUUCAGUGGAUCAAAGACCAUCUUCCCUUGGCUUCUUCGGAUACCUUGGGGCAGAACUUGCAUCAAGCACAGAACCUUCAUAAGAAACACAAGAAGCUGGAAGCAGAGAUUCAAGGUCACCAGCCUGACAUCGACAAGACUUUGGACAUUGGGAAGGAGCUGAUCAAGCAAGAACAUCCGGAGAAAGUUCAAAUUGAAAAGCUGAGCAACGAUCUCAUUGAUGCUUGGACUGAUUUGAAUAAAAAAGCUGCAGUUAGGGCUCAAAAUCUCGAACAAUCCCUGAAAGCCCAACAAUUUUAUUUUGAAGCCAGUGAAGUAGAAUCCUGGUUAAAUGAGAAAUCAGAUGUUUUGGCCAGUACUGAUUAUGGUAGAGAUAGGGAUUCAGCUACGAAGCUUUUGACCAAACACAAGGUUUUACAAUUGGAACUUGACACUUACAAGAACAUAAUAGCAGAAAUGGGACGAGGCGUUCAGGAACUAACCAAAGUAAAUCAUCCCGAAUCCAAGACCAUAACGGAGAGGCAGUCCAGUCUGGAACAUCUUGUCAGAUCUUUGCAGAGGAAAGCCGCUUUACGGCAACACCGCCUCAUGGAAUCGUUGUUCAGACAUGAGUACUUCUUGGAAUCUGAAGAAUUAGAGGAUUGGAUCAUGGAGAAUCUGCAACAGGCAUCCUCCGAAGAUUAUGGUCAGGAUUAUGAGCAUUUGAUUGUUUUGAGGAACAAAUUCGACGAUUUCAAGUUGCGCAUUGAGUCUGGGGCUGAGAGAUUCAGACAGUGCGAAGCUUUAGCUCAAAAACUAAUAGCCAAUCAGAGUUCCUACAUUAAUGACAUCAACGCCAAACAAGAGCAGUUAGUCACAGAAACACCCUCUGAAAUGUAUGACGAGGUGAUGGAAAGGCAUGAUUUAGUGAGUGAAUCAUGGGAAAGGUUACACGAUCAGAUCAACAACCGUGAAGUACGCUUGCAGGCAGCUGGAGAAAUACAUCGUUUCCAUAGAGACGUCGCAGAUGCUCUCCAAAGGAUCCAAGAGAAGAACGCUUCUCUUGGCACUGAGCUAGGAAGAGACCUUAACUCAGCCUUAGCCUUGUUGAGAAAGCACGAGAAAUUCGAAAAUGAGCUAGUUGCUCUUGAGGCUCAACUACAGCUGUUGGUUGAAGAUGCUUCCAGACUACAGAAGGUGUAUCCAAGCAACAAGCCAAAUAUCCAGCAGAAACAAGAAUUGGUGGUGGACGCUUGGAACAAGCUGAAACAAAAGGACGACGCCAGACAUGAUCAACUCCAGGCAAGCGUCGAUCUGCAGAGAUUCUUUAAGCAAGUCAGAGAUCUGACCAACUGGGCAAUCGGCCUCCGUCUUGCCAUAUCAGCCGAAGAGAACGCUAGAAGCAUAGCACGGGCACAAGUCUUGAAAAGUGAACAUGACGCCCUGAAGAGCGAGAUAGAAGCAAGGGAAAAGAGUUUCCAUGAAGUGGCCGAAAACUUGACAGCCAUGGAGCAGACAGGACACUAUGCGGCUGCAGAGGCUGUGGAAAAGUAUAAAAAUCUGGUGGAAGAAGGCCAGAAGUUACACAACGCUUGGCUUUUGAAGAAAAUUUACCUAGAUCAGUUGUACGAUCUCCAUCUCUUCUACAGAGAAACAAAACUCAUCGAAGAUGCAACCAACGCUCAAGAAGCUGCACUAGGUAUUUUAGACCUUGGAGAGACAGUGGAAGAAGUCGCUAACCAGCUGAAGAAACACGAGGAGUUCGAGAAAGUGAUCUACCACCAAGACGAAAAACUGGACAUUCUGUAUCAGUCAGGACACAAACUAGUGUCCCAGAACCACUUCGAUUCCCCAUCAAUAUCAGCGAAGUUGGAUGAAAUCAAAGAAAAACGACGAAGAGUCUACCAGCUUUGCUUGGAGAGAAAAAUACUGUUAGAUAAUGCACUUCUUUAUGCAGAAUUCAACAGAGAUAUAACAGAGAUCCAAAUGUGGAUAACUGAAAAACAGAAAAAAUUGGAGACACAAAUCAAAGCCAGCGAUGUCCAUAAUCUGGAGGAUAAGAUUAAAAUGUUGCAGAAACAUCAGGCUUUACAGGCCGAGGUUACUGCUAAUGAAAUAAGAAUAGUGGAAAUCAAACAGAAGGGAGAGAAGUUGCUCAAUUUAAAACAUUCUGCCUCUAACGACAUCAAAAUGAAACUGAGAAAUCUGCAAGAGUCUUGGAAUGAACUGUUAAGAGAGGUGCAGUUCCGAGGUAAAGGUUUAGAAGAAGCCCAAGAUAUCCUGGAGUUCAACAACCAGUUGGAUAAGAUAGAGACCUGGAUCAGAGAUAAAGAAGUUAUGGUUCAGGCUGGAGACACUGGAAGAGAUUAUGAACAUUGCCAAGCUCUUCAACGUAAACUAGAUGACGUUGACAGCGAUAUGAGGGUCGACGAUUCGAAAGUCAAACUCAUUUACUCCUUGGCCAAUAAACUCGAGAGGCAAGGCCAUAAGGGCGUCCAAGAAAGGAAAGACAACUUCAUCAAAAAAUGGCAAGAUCUGCAAGGAGCUCUUGUGUCCUACAGAAACAAACUUGCAGGAGCUGCGGAGAUUCAUCUUUUCAACAGAGAUGUCAUGGAUACUAUUGAUAGGAUAGACGAGAAACGCAAGGCUCUGCAGAAUGAAGAAGUUGGUCGUGAUUUGGUAUCUGUCCAAGCUCUGCAAAGGAAACAGGAAGCCUUAGAAACGGAGAUCAAGGCCGUAGAGAAGAAGUUGGAUGAACACGGUACCAAUGCCAUCUUGUUGAGUGACAAGUAUCACGACGCUAUCGAAGAAAUACAGGAGAGAAUGGAUAACUUGCACCAGCACUGGACCGAUCUGCUCGAAGCUAACAGCAAAAGGAAAGAAACCUUGCACAAUUCUUACUCUUUGCAGAAGUUCUUAUCUGAAGUUAAGGAUUUGGAGGUUUGGGCCGGCGAUAUAAUAUACCGAAUGGAGGCCAGACAAAAACCGGAAAAUAUAGCCGAAGCUGAGACCCAAAUUGAGUUUCACAACGAGCUUAAAGCGGAAAUCAACGGAAGGAACGAGGUCUUCAAUAAACUGAUCGAUGUGGGAGAGAGAUCCAAAGAGUCGGAAAUUAGAGGAGAAACGGAAAAACUCAAAGAAACCCAGAAGAGGGUGUUCGAAGCCUGGAACCACCACAAGCGGGAGAUCACCUACGAUUACGACCUACAAGACUUCAAGGAUCAAAUCAAUCAAAUUAAGAAUUGGUUGGCGAGCAAAGAGGCUUUCUUAAACAACGAUGACGUUGGAGACACUCCAAGCGCUGUCGAAGCUUUGAUCAGGAAACACCAGGACUUCACAAAGAUGCUUGAGCAACAGUUGGUGAGAGUGGAUGAUCUGGAAGUUGUCUCCAAGAAAUUAGCCGACCAAGAAAGGAACCAAAACAACCAGGAAGUAUCGAAGAGGAUGGACGCUAUCCUAGAUAGAAAAAAUAAACUUUUACAAAUGACGGAAGCCAGGAGACUUAAACUGGAUGAAUCCAGAGCCCUUCAGAAGUUCCUGAAGAACGUAUGCAGCGUGGAGAUCUGGUUGAAUCAGAAGCUUCAGAUAGCGGCAGAUGAAAGUUAUAGGGAACCACAUAACUUACAAAGUAAAAUACAGAAGCAUUCUACGUUCGAGGCAGAGGUUAUGGCAAGCGAUGAAAGGGUUCAAAGUGUAAUAGACGAAGGACAAGAGUUAAUACAUUCAGAACACUAUGCCAAAGAUGAGAUAGCUGUAAGGUUGGAAGAAAUCGAGGAAGAUUGGAAGAGACUGUUGGAACUAACGCAGAUCAAACGUGAAAAGCUGAACGAGGCCUAUCAAGCACUCCUCUUCAUCAGAUCCAUCGAAGAGUUUGAGGUUUGGCUGAGCGAAGUCGAGGCUCAAGUCACCUCUAACGAUGUAGGAAAUGACUUAGCUUCAGUCAACAAUAUACUAAAACGUCACCUAGCAUUGGAAAAUGAUUACCAACAGCACAUAGAAAACUGCGAGAGCAUCAACGAGAUGGCAGAACAGUUCUCAAAGAGCAAUAACUUCAUGAAGCGCGAGAUUGAAGAGAGAGCGCAACACGCCAUAACCAGGUUCCACCAGCUAAAGUCUCCCCUGCAGGCCAAGAAAGAUCUGGCCGAAUCCUGCCUGAUGCUGCAGCAGUUCACCAGCGAGAUAGACGAGGAGUUGCAGUGGUUGAGCGAUAGAGAGCCGCUGGCAGCAUCUUUGGACCUGGGUACCAGUUUGACCGCGGUUCAGAGCUUGCAGAAAAAGCAUCAGACACUGGAGGUAGAGCUGAACUCAAGGGAGCACAUCGUGAAAGGUUUGAUGGACAGAGCGGCCAACAUGACAAGAUCAGGUCAUGAGUUCUCCAGUGAUAUCAAUGAGAAGGUAGAGGAAUUGGAGAGUAGAUUCGCGAUGGUUAGGGAUAUGGCCAGUAUAAGAAGGUUAAGGUUGCAGGAUGCCCUUGAGUCCCAACUGUUUUAUGAGGAGAGUUCAGAGGCCGAGGCCUGGAUUCAUGACAGGCUGCCAGCUCUGGCAACAAGUGAGGUAGGUAGGGAUGAGAUUUCCACUCAGAUGCUGCAAAGGAAGUUGGAUAUAAUAGCUGCCGAAGUAAAAGCUUACCAGGAAACCAUUGACAAAUUAUCCCAGAGAUGUAGUGAUCUUGUGGAAAGAGAGCACUACGAUGCAGACAACAUUAAAAAAAGAGAGGAACAAAUAACGAACGAGUUCAAGAAGUUGCGUCAGCUGGUGGCUCAGAGAGAGGUUUCCCUUUCUGAAGCCCUACAGUAUUUCGGGUUCCUCCAGGAAUGCACCGAACUCCAAGAAUGGAUUAAAGACCAGAUGACCAAAUCCGAUUCCGAAGAGUAUGGAGUUGACGUUGAACAUGUGGAACUACUAAUUCAAGCCUUCGACACUUUCCACGCCAGCAUAAUGAACAGCGAGGCUAGGCUCCAGUCUUGUUUAGUCAGCGGAAACGCUCUGAUAGAGGCCAAAUGCAGCUACAGUGCCAAGAUCCAAGAGAAAAUGACUGAGGUCCAGACCCAAUGGGAGGAUCUUUUGGAGCUGGUUAACGUUCGAAAGGAAGCUUUGGCUGGAGCAAAACAGGUCCAUAUGUUUGAUAGAACUGCAGAAGAAAUAAUAUCUUGGAUACACGAGAAAGAAGCUGACUUAUCCUAUGAUACCUAUGGUCAAGACUUGGAGAGUAUUCAAGAUUUGCUGAGAAAACAUCAGGCUUUCGAAAGUGAGCUGAAAGUUAUCAAGGACAAAGUAGAAUUUAUAGAGCAAGAGGCCAAGAAGCUUAUCGAGGAAUUCCCAGAUACCAAAGAGCACAUUGACGACAAGAGGGAAGAUACGGUGAAAGCUUACGAGUACCUUGUUGUGUGUGCAGAGAGAAGGAAAGAUAACUUACAGCAAUCAGAACAAUCCCAAGUUUACAUAGACCAAUACCAAGACCUACUGGCUUGGAUCAAUGAGAUGCUGGCGAGGGUUACAGCUCCUGAACUUCCUCAAGAAGUGCUGGAGGCGGAGUUACUUGUGGAGAAACACAGCGAGUUGAAGGUGGAGAUCGACGCCAAAGAUAAGGAGAUGAGAAAAUUCUACGAGACCGGCGAAGACUACAUAAAAGAAAACCAUUUCAUGGCUCAAGACAUCGCCGACAAAAUCGAAAUCCUGAAACUUCGAUUUUCCCUGCUUUUAGGGACUUGGGAGAAGCGAAAGGUCAUCUAUGAUCAGAACCUGGACGCUCAGCUGUUCAAGAGGGAGGCGUCCGUUUUGGAGAAUUGGCUAAUUAUGAGGGAGGACGCUCUCAAAGACGAGAAAUUGGGAGAUAACAUCUUACAAGUGGAAGAUCUCAUCAGGAAGCAUUGCGACUUUGAGGAGACGAUCAAAGCUCAAGAGGAGAAAUUCUCGGCUCUCAAGAGAAAGACUAUGAUAGAAGAGGCGUUUGCGCAACAGCUCAGGCUAGAAGAGCUGGCCAGGAAGGCCGAAAAGGAACGUCUAGAACAGGAAAAACUGGACAUGCGCAAACGACAAGAGAUGCAGAGGAUCGCUGAGUCGCGUAGAAUAGACGAAGGACGCCCCACUCCGACAAUCACCAUGAACGGCGUCAAACAGAAUGAUAUACCGCCCGCCGCAGAAGAUAAUAAGGCCCCGGGUACGUCCCUGAGGAAGACCAAUUCCGUCGCCCACUUGUUCGACAGGGACCGAGUUAGGAAGAUAGGCGACAGUUCGAUAAAGAGAGCCGAAAGCAUGAAGACCCCUCCAAACAAGCCUAUAAAGAGGACCCCAUCUUUUGCGACACGCAGAAGGGGUUCCUUCAGAUCGAGACCAGGAAACGAUGCAGCUUUGCCGCCUGUCGAAGCAGAAAGUUUCUUGGAUCGGAAGCAAAUAUUGUCGCCUAAUGGUAAAAGGGCCACAAAUCGUACCUGGAAAAAUUCUUACACAGUACUGUGCGGCCAGCUGAUGUGCUUUUUCAAAAAUAAGGAAGAUUUCGCUGCUAGUAAAGCUUGUUGUCCUCCAAUCAACAUUCACAAUGCCAAAUGUACAGUAGCUGAUGAUUAUCAAAAGAGAAAAAACACGUUUAGGUUGCAAGUCAACGAUGGGUCAGAAUUGUUAUUCUCUACAAACUCUGAAGGGGAUAUGUUGGAUUGGAUCAAUAAAAUUGUGUUCAGAGCAAGAUUGCCGCCUAGUCAGCAAUUGCUCAAUUUCGAUAUUGUCAAGGAUACUAACGACUAUGAGAUGAGUUCACAGUCAAGUCGAACGUCAAGUCCUGAAGUAACAGAGUCAAUUGUUGAACUGAGAAACCCCAAUAUUCAGAAUGGCAGCUCUUCAUCGAAUUCAAGCAAUCGACAUUCAUUGGAUGAAUACAACAUGCCAACAAGACAGGAAUGGAACAAUUCAGCUAACAGUCGGCCAAAUACGUUAUCAGGAGAGCCUCCGAAAGUAUCCCACAGGAUAUGGGAUCUGUUAUUGAAGAAGAAGCGACAUACGUCCCAAAUGUGAAUGCCAAGUCUUUACGAUUUAUCGUAAAUUUGAACCUUUGAGUAUUAAGUUGUUAUGGUUAUGAAAUAUUGUUUAUAGUGUAGUUUUUUAUUGUAUAUAAUUGAUGGUUAUUAUAAAUUAUAGUGAACCAAAUUGAAGAUUUCCAAAUCAUUUUUGUAUUUGUAAUUGAUUCAAUGACAUUAAAGUUUAUAAUUUUUUUCCUUGUA